AUGUCCUUGGAUGGGGUGGGGGGAAGGGCAGGGGCAGGGGGCAAGGGUGCAUAUAGGUUGAGAAUUGGGUCGUGGAAUAUAGGGACGUUAACGGGUAGGUCUAUCGAGUUGGAAAAGAUUCUCCAGAAGAGAAAGGUCAAUAUAGCUUGUAUUCAGGAGACUAGGUGGGUAGGAUCGAAGGCGAAGAAUGCAUAUGUGUUUAAACUGUGGUACUCUGGACGCUCGAAGGAUAAGAACGGAGUGGCUAUUUUGGUGGACAGGGAUCUUAGGGAGACGAUGGUUGAGGUUAGGCGGGUUAAGAGGUGUUUUUGGGAGGGUUUGGAUGAAGUGGUGCAUGGUAUUCCGCCCACGGAGAAGUUAUUUAUAGGAGGGGACUUCAACGGGCAUAUCGGGGCUUCUGCUAUUGGCUAUGGCGAGGUUCAUGGCAGAUUUGGCUUUGGGGUUAGGAACGGAGGUGGUACUUCUCUGUUGGAUUUCGCUAAGGCUUUUGAGUUGAUGAUUUCAAACUCUAGUUUUUCUAAGAGGCAGGAGCAUUUGGUUAUUUUUCAGAGUAUGGUGGCUAGGACUCAGAUUGAUUAUCUCCUCCUAUGGAGGUGUGAUAGAGGGUUGUGCAAGAAUUGCAAGGUUAUCCCGGUGAGACACUUGCGGCUCAGCACACGUCUUGGUGAUGGACACCGACAUCGUGAUAAAGAGGAAGAAUAA